AUGAAAUCGUUAGAAACAAAAUCUCCAUCGAAUAAGCAGCUCGAUGUGAGUUUUAAAGGGCAGACUUUUUCUAGGCCCUCUGCCAAGACAGUUAAUUUAGAAGCGACCAGAGGUUCAUCAUCAUGGGAAACUAAACCAGAUUCUCUGGGUAUGUUACAGAGAAGAAUGAAGUUAGAAGAUGAAUGUCUUCCGGCAGCGGGUUCUGGGAGGAACAUGCAGGGUCCCCUGGGCACCGUGGGUGAAAGUCCACGGGCUCCAGGGAGCCGGAGGGAUUCAGGGGAUGCUGGCCCCGCAGGGUUAGGGAUUGCAGUGGGGAAGCAGCCUGCUUUAGCUACGAGGCCCCGGCAGGGAAUGGGAGGAGAGCCCCCUGGCGUGGCCAUAAAGCCUGGUCCCGAGGCGACCACUCCUGGGAAGGUGGACGUUGGGCUUCCCCGACCAGAGGAGUCCAAGGACUCGAAGUCCCCAGUGAGCUUGGCCAUAGAUGCUGAUGAAAGCGAGUUUGCUCAAAGGCCCAGAGAGAAAAGCAAUUCCGAAAACGAACCAGGAGUGGAGCCUCCAGAUAGCAUUAGACCCAUAUACAGCGGGAAAUUCUUCGAUCGGACGCCUUGCUUGCCAAGUGCAGGGAAAGUGCCUCCCAUCGGCUACAGAGUUGAAAACUGCUUGAUUGAAAAACUUCCUAGGCUAAAUACUCCACCUGCAAUUAAAAAGUUUUUCAACUUCAGAUAUCCACCUACUGGAGCCAAGAGAGUGUUUUAUGGUGUAGCAAAUGAUCCCAAAGUUCCACCUUGUUUGACCCAUGGAAUACAAACUACAACUUCAAUACCGGCAGAGAUAUUGCUGAACCCACAGCCUCUUACAGCAUUCCAACAAAAAAUCAAAGAUAAAAAAGAAUCAAUAUAUUUUAGCAAUCAAUGGGCACCAUUAGGAAAAUCUCGCGAUCCAACACCAGGAUUACCAAAAGGCUUGGAUAUAUAUAAUACUACAUUUGGGACAGCACUUGUCAAAGGCUGUUCUGCAAGAGAAGUGGUGAAUCCACAAAAGUCCUAUGAAGAGGUACUUGAAGAAGGAAAUAAAGGACACGAUCUAUAUGUCAUUUCUCACAAUGAUUAUUAUGGGGGAGAACCAAAGAACCGAAAAUAUAACCCAUCAAGUUUCCAUAAGUUAAACACAUAUGGGGUCCCUACACCACAUGUUAAUGAUGGAAGAAACAUGGCAAAAAGUUUACAUUGGCUCCAUGAACUACAAAUGAAAAAGGGAGCUAAAAUAGUAUCCAAGAGAGUUGAUGAUUUCAGUGAAAAGUUUCAGCAUAAACUUGGAAGAAGUUUAGAUCCUAUUGCAGAGACAAUGAAGCUUUCUCCAGACCACACUUUUGGAGCCUGUUUCCGUCCCGAAGAGUAUGGAGUGAGUGAUAUCAUCUAUAAUAGACGUCCUGGUGAAUAUCUUCGAGGCAAGGAUAGAGAGCGGGCCCAGAUUGCAGCAGUUCGACAUUGCUUUAAGAACUUCAACUACCAACACUUUGACAGCAUGCUGGCAGCCUUCAGACACUAUGACAAGAAUGCAGAUGGGAUAAUAGAUAAAGAAGAGCUUCGGGAAGCUUGCGAGCAGAUCAACUUGCAUCUAGAUGAGAAGGUCUUGGACAAACUCUUCGAAUAUUGUGAUGUGGAUAAUGAUGGGAAGAUUAGCCUCCUAGAGUUCGCAAAUUAUCUUACCUGGAAAGAUAAAAUACCUCUUAAAGAAUAUGAAGAGAGGGUUGUUAUUAAAGGUAGAAAGCCAAGUUGUGCAAACAAUCUUGAAGCUAGUGCUGAAGAAUCUGGACCAACUCUCUUGAUAAAACCUGAAGAUAUUGUCUUAAAGGAACCAGGGAGUUCACAAAAGAUUUUCCGUACUCUCCUGAGGCCAAGUGACAAAGUUUCUAAUCACUAUACAACAACUUCUUCUGAGAUUGGUGCAGCUGUGGGAGCGGAUUCUUCUCUCUGCUAUCCCACCUAUGGUGUCCCAACCAUUCGGUCAGACAUCCCUGCCCCUCGGAUUUGUAGCAUCAGCAGCAAAACAAAUUAUGGUGAAGAGGGAAAUGCCUGUUCAUUACUAUAUCCUAACAUCUUUGCAAAGAAAGGAAUAUAUGAAAGAGACUUCUUUAAGACCAGAUCUAAAAAAGAGAUUGCAGAUAUAUUAUGUAACAUUGGUGUCAAGCUUUCUGAUGAAGAAUUUGAAAAUGUAUGGGAUCUUGCAUCCAAAAAGCAUCACCGAGGAGAAGUUUGUGUUGAGACCAUCAGAAAUGUUCUAGAUGAGUUACAACACGCAGAACGAACUAAGCAUGAAACAACCAUGUGA